UACGCUUCCUUAUGUUUUGCUCACCAUUCUUGCACAAAUAUUGUGGGGGCGGGGCUAGCAGCAGCGUGUUUUCAUUAGCUACUGAGUUUUUGAUUGACAUCUUUUAAUCAUUUUAUCAGUAUUUUUCUGCUACUACACUACAUCGUUGAGAUGAUUUCUCAGGAAUAGCACAGCCAAUGAUAUCAUCAUCCUUACUAUUUUACAAGUGUGCUGUCAAUCAACUUUAGCAAUGUAAGCCUUUUUACAUAAUACCUUUGAAAAUACAUUUUCAACUACCCCGUAACUAAAAAAGCAAUCAAAUUAGCCUACAGUAAUGAGUUACUAAGUACUGCCCAACACUAAGACUUAUUACUAAGUAUACUUCCUGACACCUGCCAAACUGGCUUCACUGGACAAUCAAGAAAGUAAUAGUUUGCAAAAUUAUCUGUGUUAACAGUGUUUUUUUACGUUCACACAGAUGUGGUUAGAAGGAAGUUCAUCCAGCUGGCACAGAGCAGCUUUGUAGGAUUUCCUAAUCUUCUGAAAAUAGCAAAGACUAAGAUUGAAGCCAUCAAGCAGGAUAAAGAAUCCCUGGCCGAAUCCAUGCUGAGAACCCAAUUCAAGAUGGAGCUCAUUGUUUACAGUCAAGAUGGCACGUACAGCCAGAGUCUGCAACAUGCAAAGGACAAGCAGGACGAGAAAGAAGAAACUACUAAAAGCUUUAGCCCUUUGAGCAUAGACCUAAUAACCGACAAUCAUGCUACCUUGCGUGAGCUGAGCUUGCACCUUGAGUCAUACUACAAGAUUGCAAGCAAGCGUCUAGCUGACCAGAUCCCGAUGGUGAUCCGCUAUCUGCUGCUCCAGGAAGCAGCUUCGGAGCUGCAGAGGAACAUGUUGCAGUUGCUGCAUGAUAGAGAAGAUGUAGACCACCUGCUUAAAGAAGACUUUGACAUCGGCCAAAAGCGGGAGAGCUUACUGAGUCGCCAGAAACGUCUGAUGAAGGCACGCAGCCUCUUGGUUACCUAUUAAAAAUAAUUUAAAAAAAGGGUUAAGGAAAGGAAAGUAUGAAAUAUAUAGUAUGGAGCACAAAUAUGCAUAUAUGCAAAUAUGUUAUUUCAGUUUUGGAAUUUAACUCUUAAUGAACAACAUGGGGUGCAUUUUCCCAAUUAAAGAUAUCCAUCAUAUUA